AUGGAUGUCACACGUGUAAUAAUGGCUCAAACAAUAGGUGGUUUGUGUUAUGGAGUUUUUGGAGGUCAACCAUUAAUCGUACUUUUAUCAACAGCUCCAUUAGCACUUUAUAUAAAAAUUAUCUACACUAUAUCUCAAACAUACCAUAUUAAUUUUUAUGCAAUGUAUGGAUGUAUUGGAUUAUUUAAUAGUCUCUUCUUAAUUAUAUACUCUGUUUGUGGAUUCAGUCGCUGGAUGAAAUGGUCCACAAGAUCAACAGAGGAGAUAUUUGCAAUGUUUGUUUCAAUGGCAUUUGCAUAUGAUGCUGGGAAUGAUCUAUAUGCAACAUUUAAGGAGAAUUAUCACUGUAAAUCAUCAAUAAACUAUUCACUACUCAAUGAAACUCAGGAAUUUGAUAAAAGUUUUGUUAAUUCAACUGACACAAAUGGUAGAAUUUGA